AACCAAUAUCUUGGUGGUAUUUGACAUUGAUACGAAUUUAGUAACCCUUGGCAACGAAAAUGUAUAACAUUGUAAUCUACAUAUUUAAUAACAUGAUAAUAUGUAAAUAAAAAAAAAAUGAACUUGAGUUUUUUUUAAAAUUAAAAGUAUACUUUAAUUUCAUUAUUUGAAUUAUUUACAAGUGAAUUUAAAUUGUGGUGACGUAAAAUAUUUUACUGGAAUUCUAAGUUUUGAAAAUGAGUUCAAUAAUUAGUAAUGAAGACUCGCAAUUAAUUAUUUUCGAUUCUUCGAAAAAUGAAAGGCGUUUGAAUGAUGAAUUUAAAAUAUUGCAGAGGAAAUUAAAACCUAAAUGGAAAUUUUUAGAAAAUACUGAUGUCUUAUCAGAAGAAUCAUUAGCAAGUGGAGAUUUAUUAGUAUUACCAGAACCACGUAAUAAAUUUACAGAAUUAGAAAUGGAUUCGAUAAGAGGGUUCAUAAAUAGCGGAAAAAAUGUUUUAGUAAUGUUAGGUGAAGGUGGUGAAAAUAAAUUCAAUACAAAUAUCAAUUUUUUACUUGAAGAGUUUGGAAUAAUGGUCAAUAAUGAUAGUGUUGUUAGAAUUAAUUAUAAUCGUACAUUACACCCUAAAGAAUGUACAAUUUCUCAGGGUUUAUCUAAUAAGUCGCGGUUCGUCAAAAAUCGUGAUGAAGUGACUAACAUGAACUUUAUCUAUCCGUAUGGCGCAACAUUGAAUGUCGUACAGCCAUCAGUUGUCGCAUUAUCAAGUGGCACGAUGGCAAUACCUACAAAUCGCCCAGUUUGUGCUUAUUAUCAUUCACCAGCAAGCUCUGGAAAAUUAGUCGUUCUUGGAUCAUCAAGAUUACUUACAGAUUCUUAUAUAGACAAGGAGCACAAUGACGCAUUGAGAGAAAUGAUAUUUGAAUUUUUUCGAUCUAAAGAACAACUGUCGAAAGAAUUUCACUUUGAUGACGUUGAUUACUCGGAGUAUAAUUUUGUGCCAGACAUAACACAAUUAGCAGACGAACCAAAAGUUUGUACUCAAGAUCUAGAUACUAUUGACAUUCCUCGUGAAUACACAAAAUUAUUUAAACAUCAUUUUUAUUCGAUAAAUUUGUCAAUGGUACCAGAAUGUAUAAAUUCAUAUGAACUUCUGGGUGUUAAACAUGAGCCACUGACUCUAAUUAAGCCACAUUUUGAGACUCCAUUACCUCCAACUCAAGCUUCGGUUUUCCCGCCAAGUUUUCAAGAACUCCAGCCACCAGCCCUAGAAUUAUUUGAUCUUGAUGAAGAAUUCAGUUCUGACCUUCUCAAAUUAUCUCAACUAACAAAUAAAUACUUGUCAACAAAAGAUCCAUCUAAUGAGUCUGAGCUUGAUUACUACAUAAGAGAAUUUGGUGAAAUAAUUCGAAUCAAUACGUCAUCUGAUAUUCCUACGUCAAAAGAAAUUUUAAAUUACGUUUUUCAAAAACUUAGUAGUUUUAAAGCAAUGCCUAAUUAA